ACAAGUCAAACAUGAGAUAUUAUUUUAAUACUUAAUAUUUCAAUUUUUAAAUUAACGCAAUUAUAUAUGGUUAUAAUAUUGGAUCCUACAGGAAAAUAUUUGAAAGUGACAUUAGUUACAUGAACAAACUGUGAAUGUAUGUAUUUGUAGUAAAACGAAGUUAUAUAGAUUUAAUUUAACCUUAAUUUUUUUAUUUCUACUUGUACAACAUAUAUGUAUGUUCACGCACGCACGGAAUAUCAAUGGAGAUAUUUGGGCUUACUUUGACCGGUUACGGAAAUUAUUUUGCCGAAACAUUAAACAAAGAUUAUAAAGAACCAGUUGUAUUACCGAAUAUUAAAGAAAUUCUAGAAGAACGUUUACGUCUUAAUAAAAAUCGAAGUUUUAGCGAAGUUUAUAACAAGCUUGAUUCGAUUCUUGAUACUACCGAUGGCUUUUCAUACGGGAGUAACAAGCGCAUAUAUUUGCAAAGAAAGAAAGGUUUAUGGAAACCAGUUGGACCGACGGAUAUGUAUAGAAUACCAACGACGAGAGCGCAAGAGAUCGGAUUUUGGACAAUGGAUUCUUUAUUAUCCGAAGCAAAUUGGUUCAAGUCGACAAAAAAUUAUGGCAUAAGAUACAGCGAAAUAACAAAGUAUGUCGCAUCCGUAAUAUCUACGUAUGUACGAAUAAUAAUAAGAAAAAAGAAUAACAACGUAACUCUAACUUUUAUAGAACAUUUCACAAACUAAGGCUCGCUGAUCCAUUGAUACCUCUUUAGAUAAAUUUCAUCGAAUAAAUUUCGUCAAAGAUCUCUCUCUCUCUCUCUCUCUCGACUCGCAAGAAAAAUAAAUCAAUAUCGAUGUCAAAAUAUCAUAUUCGUCGAUUGAAAUCUUACAUAGUACGUAAUUC